ACCACCUUCACAAAUUGUAAUAAACUGCUGCAGGCUAGUCCUGGCUAGAGUAAGAUAAGUACAUAAAAGAAGCAAUAAUGAAGUUUGCUGUGACAAUAUUAAUGAUUCUCCCUUUUCUUGCGUCUGCAAGUGGUCUCACGUGCUAUGAAUGCAACAGUAUGGUUUCUACCGGCUGUGGAAAUGGAGAUUUUGACCCCGUGCAGGCUGCUGAGACUACUUGUGAAGGAGAUGAUGUUUGUCUGAAAACGGUUGUUGGAGACCUUGUCGGGCGUAUGUGCGGUCCUGGUAUGAGCACUGGUGAAUCGUGUUACACCUUUGCGGGCAUAGAGACGUGUUAUUGCUCAGGGGAAUUAUGCAAUAAUGCAGUGGGAAAUAGUCUCGGAUUUUUCUUUGCAUUCAUAAGCUUUCUGGUCGCCAAGUAUCUGUAGUUUCGGGUACAUUUUCACAAACAACCGAUCUUUUUAUAUAGAUCUGUGUUAGUACCGUAUGUUAUGACCAUUUACUAAGCAAUAUUCUAAGGUAAAACGUAUGUUUACCCAGCUUUUCCAAGAGUUUAUUUACUAAGUCAUGUAGGCCUAAAUGGUCACCUUUCCUUUUAUACAAAGUCAUCAAACUCAUGCACUGACCGUGCUUUUAAAUUCCAGUUAACACAUUUAUAUUUAAGAGUGUGUUCUAUUUAAUACAUUGAAAUCGUUUUGAAAGAAAAAAAAUUAUUCAGAAAAGAUUCAAAGUGUCGU